UACCAGGAGGUCCAGUCUGUCAGGAACCACAGGUGACCAAAUCGCACUGAGGAUGGCUGGAGACUCGCGGGCGUACACGGACCAUGACUUGGAGAUAGGAGUGCUGUCUACCAAGGUGAAGAAGCUCCCAAAGCCUGUGAGAGAGAUCCCCAUCUGCACGGAUCGCAUGUGCCUGGUCUCCGAGAGCGCCAAGAAGCCCCGGCAGCGCUACGUUCAGAAGGACGGCAAGUGCAACGUGCACCACGGCAACGUGCAGGAGACUUACCGUUACCUCAGCGACCUCUUCACCACACUCGUGGACCUCGAGUGGCACUUCAGCCUGCUGGUCUUCACCUUGGUCUACUGCGUGACCUGGCUCUUCUUUGGGCUGCUUUGGUGGCUCAUCGCUUAUGCACGUGGUGACCUUGGCCACCUUGGCGAGGAGAGCUGGACGCCUUGCGUGGAAAAUCUCAACAGCUUUGUGUCGGCGUUCCUCUUCUCCAUCGAGACGGAGACCACCAUAGGAUAUGGUCACCGUGUCAUCACCGACAAAUGCCCAGAAGGGAUCAUCCUUCUGCUCCUCCAGGCCAUCCUGGGAUCCAUUGUUAAUGCCCUGAUGGUGGGCUGCAUGUUUGUCAAAAUCUCCCAGCCCAAAAAGCGGGCGGAGACAUUGGUGUUCUCACACAAGGCUGUGGUGUCGGUGCGGGAUGGGCGGCUCUGCCUCAUGUUCCGCGUGGGCGACCUGCGCAACUCGCACAUCGUGGAGGCUUCCAUCCGGGCCAAGCUCAUCCGCUCGCAGCAGACCAAGGAGGGUGAGUUCAUCCCACUCAACCAGACCGACAUCAACGUGGGUUUCGACACGGGAGACGACCGCCUCUUCCUCGUGUCACCACUUACCAUUGCCCACGAAAUCAACGAGCGCAGCCCGUUCUGGGAGUGGAGCCAGGCACGGAUGGAGAAGGAAGAGUUUGAGAUGGUGGUCAUCCUGGAGGGUAUGGUAGAGGCUACAGGGAUGACCUGCCAGGCUCGCAGCUCCUACCUGGACACGGAGGUACUGUGGGGUUACAGGUUCACCCCAGUCCUCUCUCUGGAGCAGGGCUUCUAUGAGGUAGACUAUACCAGCUUCCAUGAGAUCUACGCUACGGACACACCCUCCUGCAGCGCCAAAGAGCUGGCCAAUGGUCCAAGGGGACCCCAGACGUCCCCCCUGCUGCCCCGCCCAGACCCAGCACCAAGACUCCAUCUCCGGGACUUGCCCAUGAUCCUCGAACCCCUGCUUCUGGAGUGCGAUGAGGAAGGGGAGGUGGAGGAGUCCAACAGCCCCACAGGAGGGGUAGGGUAGGUGCUAGAUCAUUGGACAUGGCGGCUUGCAGAAGGAGCUUUAGCUCGACCAUUUGGGCAUCUAGCGAAUGUGACCCUACGUCACGUGGUAUACUGGCCAACGAAGCUCACCUGGAAGGACCCUAAUCCAAAAGAUUAUCCAAGUCAAACGGCAUGCACUGCUAAAAACAGGCUGCACUGAGAAUGGAAGGAGCAGCAGAGGCAAGUGGGAUCCUUCCAGGGAUGGGGGUGCCUCUCUUGGACCAUAGGAUAUAUGACGCUGAGCACCGUCAGGGUGUUAAAUCCCCCUUCAGCCUAAUUUAGGGAAGCUGAUGCUUUUUGUAACGAUCAUACGACAUACAGCUCCAUUCAGAACCCUGUUUGAGUUUUGUUUGAAGACAUAUUUGAGGUGCAAUUACUUUACAGCCUGCCGAAAUAUUAAAGGGCCAUAACAAAUACCCCCAAAUUAAACCAUGUUUCUUUGAUCUGUUUGAAACAUGAAUUAUCUAUAUAUCGCCACUGAUGUUAACAUGCAUUGAUCAGUAUUAUAUGCCUAGUAUUCUUCAAUAUGACUUUUACAUAUAAUACAGCACACUCAAAGAAAACUCAGUAUUGCUACAUAUACAAGUCCUGUGAAUUCUUUUGUUUUUUUCCUGUGGAUUUAUAUAAACAUAUCUGAUCGAUAAAGUACAAUUUUGGGUAAGCCAGGGUCAAUUUCAACUCCGAGUGUUGCUUUUAAGGACUCAAAGAAGUAUAUGAACAACAGCAAACAAAAACCGCGUUGAAAAAAAUGGAAAAUGCACAGCAGUAUCCAGGUUAGCAAGCGACGGGGCGAAUGAUUCACGCGCAGCUUCAGGAAGCAGAAGCACAGAGCCUUUCCUGCCACAGCACCGUUAAUAACGCAUUUCGUAUCGCAGUCUCAGUAUUCGACGUCCCGGUGCUUAUUACAGCCAUGAUUCAUAAGCACCGUUUAACGUUAAAUCUAAAGCUGCAUGUCCAGUAAUGAGUAGCGUGAUUUCCCUGAAGCUGCAGAAUCCUCACCACCCCAGCCACACUGAUUUCUAAGUUUUGUGGGAAGAUAAAUUAAUAGCUACAUACCAUGUGCAUUGUUGAUUAUGUUCUUAUCUCUCAGUUGGAAACCUAGUUUACUCAGAGGUUUAACCUGAAGUGACAAUUCGGUAUAAACCAGUGCUCCUCAUCCCGGUCCUUGGGCACCCCAAGUCCAUGUUUUUUCUCCUACUGGGAGAUGGGAAGGAGCAAAAACUAUGGACCAUCUGGGGGCCCGAUGACUGGGUAGAGAAACACCAGUAUAAGCUUUACUGAAAUGAAUAAGGUAAAAUGAACACAUAGAACUGGUAAAUAUACAUCAAAUUUACAUAUAAAAUGCAUAUUAAAUUCAAACAUAAAAUAUAUACUGAACUAAACCUGUUUGUACUAAAUGCAACACUCACUGUAGAGUCACCCAGCUCUAAGACUCAA